AUGAUCGCGUCCAGCCUCUCUCACGCUGCGUGCGUCGCGCCGUGCGGCCGUCGGUCGGGCUCGGCGGCGCCAGCGGCUGCGCGGCCCCUUCGGGUGUCUGCGCGCCCUGCUGGGCGUUCCCGGCCGGUCUCCGCGUCGCCGUCUUCGUCCGCGAUCCCACGGCACAGCAAGGCGGCCCGCGGAGCCCCGCUGCGCGCCGGCCUGGAGGACGAGGUCCUUGACACUGUGGUGGUGGGCGCUGGGGUGUCCGGCCUCUGCACGGCUCAGGCGCUCAAGACGCGCCACGGCUCGACGUGCGGGAAGUUCCUGGUGACGGAGGGGCGGGAGCGCGUGGGCGGCAACAUUACGACGGUCAGCGACGACCAGUUCGUGUGGGAGGAGGGGCCGAACUCGUUCCAGCCGAACGACUCCAUGCUUCAGAUCGCUGUCGACGCUGGGAUCGAGAAGGACCUGGUGUUCGGGGACCCGAAGGCGCCGCGCUUUGUCUUCUGGGAGGGCCGCCUGCGCCCGACGCCGUCCGGCCCCGACGCGCUGACCUUCGACCUCAUGUCCUUUCCCGGAAAGAUCCGCGCGGGCCUCGGCGCGAUCGGCCUCAAGGCCCCCGCGCCCGCCGGCGAGGAGUCGGUGGAGCAGUUCAUUCGCCGCAACCUGGGCGACGAGGUGUUCUACCGCCUCAUCGAGCCGUUCUGCUCGGGGGUGUACGCCGGCGACCCCUCCAAGCUGUCCAUGAAGGCGGCCUUCGGCAAGAUCCACGUGCUCGAGGAGAAGGGCGGCUCGCUCGUGGGCGGGGCUCUCAAGCUCAUGCAGGAGCGCAAGGAAAACCCCCCCCCGCCGCGGGACCCGCGCCUCCCGCCCAAGCCCAAGGGCCAGACCGUCGGGUCCUUCCGCGACGGCCUCAAGAUGCUGCCGGAGGCCAUCGCGAAGAACCUGGAAGGCCAAAUCCGCCUCCAGUGGCAGCUCCAGGGCAUUGAGAAGACGCCCGAGGGGCUCUACAAGCUGUCGUACAGCACGCCCGAGGGAGACAAGGUCCUCACGUCGCGGUCGGUCGCGCUCACCGUGCCGUCGUACGUCGCGGCGGACCUCCUCGCGGCCGCCGCGCCAGCGGCCAAGGACGCGCUUGCGUCGUUCGACUACCCGCCCGUCGCGGCCGUGACCAUCGCGUACCCGCUUUCUGCAAUUAAGGAGGACCGGAAGGACGAGAGCGGGAAGGUGCCGGGCUUCGGGCAGCUGCACCCGCGCACGCAGGGCAUCGUCACGCUGGGCACGAUCUACUCGUCGUCGCUCUUCCCCGGGCGCGCGCCCGAGGAGUACCAGCUGCUGCUGUGCUACAUCGGCGGCGCGACGAACCGCGGCAUCAAGGACCAGUCCGAGGACGAGGUCGUCGCGCAGAUCGACAAGGACCUGCGGAAGAUGCUCGUGAAGGACGACGCGCCGGCGCCGGUCAAGGUCGGCUACCGCUGCUGGCCCCGCGCCAUCCCGCAGUUCAACCUCGGCCACAUGGACCAGCUGGCACAGGCCCGCGCGGGCCUGAGUCAGGCGGGCUGGGACGGUGUGCUCCUCGGGGGCAACUACGUCUCGGGCGUCGCGCUCGGGAAGUGCGUCGAGUUCAGCUACGGCGAGUUCGCGGACAGCGUCGCCGCCGCUGCUGCCAAGGCGCCUGCGGAGAAGCCCGUCGCUGCGUAG